GCCCCCGCCCGGGCGCUGCCGGCAGGCACGAGGGGCGGGGCGCGCGGCCCGAGGUGAGGGACCGCGGGCAGGAGGGGAUCCAGCGAGUCCGCCACCGCCGAGGGACCAGCGCGGGCCUCGCCGCUGCCGCCGUCCCCACGAUCCCUGACCGCGCCUGCCCGGGCUCCGCGCCAGGAGGGGCGGCCAGACCCAGCCCCGGCACCGCGAGCUCAGGGACCCCGACGGCGCUCAGCCCGGCGAGGGGCCUCAGGGGGAGGACGAGGAGGAAAGGCGGCCUCGCCGGGGACCCGGCCAUGGCGCUGGACUUUUUGGCUGGAUGCGCGGGGGGUGUGGCAGGCGUGCUUGUGGGACACCCGUUUGACACAGUCAAGGCCCUUGGGACUGAAAUAAUCCAAGAUCUGGAUCUCCUCUAUAGCGCCCAGAACCACAGCCACCGUCCUGAAGCACACGGCCUUCACACAUGUUUCUGCAUGAAGGGAGUUUUCUGUCCUGCUUCCUUGGACACAACAAUAAUCAGGGAGCAGUCGUCUUGAACUGUGAUGAGGGGGGCUGUCUCCAUCCAUAGCAAAAGUGUAACUUUGUUGUAGAUGGGCGUAAGCCUCACCCUGGAGAGCGCUAGUAAGUACAGACCAGGUGAACCCGACCCCAGCCUGGACCCCACCCUGUCAUGCCCAUCUCCCCUACCCCAGAGUUCCCUCCGUAGCAGGGGACAGGGAGGGUGUGAGGCAAGCCUGGGCUCAGCACAGGUCCUGGGGUGGGGGCUCGGACUGGUCAAAAACAAUCAGCCCCCUCUGGAUUGGGGGUCCUCAUGUGGGGGUCUCUCGGCCCUAUGGGGAGCUGGGAGCUUCCUAAACUUGUGUCCAAAUGACUAGUUUCUCAGGGGUGGGUCCAUUCCCAUCAAUCCUCAAAGGAGAGCCUGGCACCCCAAGAUUUUAAGAGCCUGAGCUGUAGAUGACAAGACUUGGGACACUGGGCCACAGUUCCUCUCCCAGAGAGCGAGGGCUCGUCACAGACUGAGGGGUACUGAGGGGUCAGAAACAAAGUGGGGAGAGGCCUCUGCCCACGUUGGUGGGACAAGCUGAGUUGACCUAAGCCUGACAUUCCCCAGCCGGCUGGACUUGGGCAUUCACCAGUGUCUGUGACCUGCAAAGACUUCACAACACUACCCAGGUGGCAUUGAGUAUCCAACCUGGGAAGGGACAGCUCCAUGUCACAUCAGUUGUACUCACACAGGCCUCUUAGUGCCAGUGUUGGGGCUGCAGGAGGAACAGAGAGAUCCCCCCAGAGACCCCAGAACAUUGAAGGGAAAGCAGCAAACCUCGCAUCAAGGUGCUGGCCAAGAACUGGGCCUCCAGGGUGGGAGGGGUGCUUCGGGCCAGUCUUGAAGCAUUGGCUUCCAGCUGUUGAGGUCCUGGGGGUGCUGAGAUGGUACUUGUUUCCUAACAAAACAUUUUUUGUAAGUGCAUUCACCAAUAGAGGGCCCACCUAUUCUGGUGGAGAGAAUUGGAAAAGGUUCCAGAAUCCGGGCAGAAGCCUGGCUCUUCCCGGUGCGGCUUCAGGUCCAGAGCAUGGAGAAGCCUCAGUACCGUGGGACGUUGCACUGCUUCAAGUCCAUCAUCAAGCAAGAGAGCGUGCUGGGCCUGUACAAGGGCCUGGGGUCACCACUCAUGGGGCUCACCUUCAUCAACGCGCUGGUGUUCGGGGUGCAGGGCAACACCCUUCGGGCCCUGGGCCACGACUCGCCGCUCAACCAGUUCCUGGCAGGUGCGGCGGCGGGCGCCAUCCAGUGCGUCAUCUGCUGCCCCAUGGAGCUCGCCAAGACGCGGCUGCAGCUGCAGGACACGGGCCUAGCGCGCACCUACAAGGGCUCGCUGGACUGCCUCGUGCAGAUCUACGGGCACGAGGGUCUGCGUGGCGUCAACCGGGGCAUGGUGUCCACGCUGCUGCGUGAGACGCCCAGCUUCGGCGUCUACUUCCUCACCUAUGACGCUCUCACGCGGGCGCUGAGCUGCGAGCCGGGCGACCGCCUGCUGGUGCCCAAGCUGCUGUUGGCGGGCGGUACGUCGGGCAUCAUGUCCUGGCUCUCGACCUACCCUGUGGACGUGGUCAAGUCGCGGCUGCAGGCGGACGGACUGCGGGGCGCCCCGCGCUACCGCGGCAUCCUGGACUGCGUGCACCAGAGCUACCGCGCCGAGGGCUGGCGCGUCUUCACGCGGGGGCUGGCGUCCACGCUGCUGCGCGCCUUCCCCGUCAACGCUGCCACCUUCGCCACCGUCACCGUGGUGCUCACCUAUGCGCGCGGCGAGGAGGCCGGGCCUGAGGGCGAGGCUGUGCCCGCUUCCCCUGCGGGGCCUUCCCUGGCGCAGCCCUCCAGCCUGUGACGCUCACCCCGCCCUCCUUCCCCAGGGCUCCUUCUCAGAAACCCGGGACAUAAAUUGGCCCCUGAGUCGAUUGCCCUGCUUCCUGCUCGGAUGCUGGGGGCUGUGGAGUCUAUCAGACUUGGGCUGAAUUUUGCUGAUAAGCUGGGUAGUUUUGGCCAAGAACUUCACUUGCCUCAGUAUUCUCAUCUAUGAAAUAAGGACCCUCAUACCCACGCUGUAGAGUCACGAAGGUCAGAGAUUAUUCCCAGCAGCAGCCGGCACCUGGCCUGGCCGAGGCCAUUGCACCAUUAUCCUGGAAACUGAGGCAGACACUCCAGCCCCUUUCCCGGAUCCUGGCCACGCCAUUGUGCUCCUGCCCUGCAGGCUGGCUCCUGGGGGUCUCUGAUGGCCAACCAAGGGGCCACCCAGGGACCUGCACUCCACACAUCCUCCACCCGGGAGGGUGGUGGGCCACCCCUCUGGUCUGUGUUAGGGACAGGAAAACUUGGUGUGCCUCCUGGUGUCACAGAACUGGAUACUCUGCAUACCCCAGCUUCUCCACAUGCCACUGCUAGGGGUACCCCAGCUGCUGCCACUCCUGCUGGAGGGUGAACUGGGGACCCUGCACCCUCUGGGAAGCCAUGGAGUCUGUUGGAGGCACCAUAUCAGCCUACGGGACUAGGGUGGGGAGCAAACAGGCCAGCGGUGGAGGUCUCGACAGUUCAAGUGUGACGCAGCUGUGGCAAGGAGAAAAGGAGAAAUCCUUCCACCUCUGGGCCUCAGGCUGCCUGUCCGUAAAAUGGGGACAUGGCCAGCUGAUGGACAGCUGAGUCUCUGGCCCACCUACCACCGCCAGCCAGGAUCCCCCAAGGUGUGCAGAGGGCUCAGCAGAGAACAGUAUGGGACCCCCCCUCACCAGGGCUGGAACACCUCCAGCCACAAAGAAGCCAAAGGUCAGUCCCUCUGCUCCCCAGUAAACAGUGCCUCCCAGGCAUUCUCAGUGCCAGGGCUUCAUCCCUAUGAAGGCACAGGGCCCGCUAGUGGGCACAGGGGUAGCUAGUUGGGGCCUGGGGCAGAAGAGUGCCGCACCAGGCGUCCUGGGGAAUGUGCUCAGUGAGGAUGACACUGGGCUUUGCACAGCCUGGCGUCGCUGUACAGAAACUGUCAAGGGAAUAAAGUGUUCUUUGUUUUUUAA